AUGACAUCCUCCGUCUCUCUCGAGCUGCCGCCGCGCAGCAUUGGCUUCGGCCGGCUCUUCCUCGACUCGCAGUUCAUGCACUACGCCAAGUGGCCGCCCAAGUCGACCAACCUGCACGGCCAGACGGCCAUUGUCACGGGCGCGUCGGCGGGUCUCGGCCUCGAAGCGUCGCGCCAGCUGCUCGACGUGGGGCUGUCGCGGCUCGUGGUGGCCGUCCGCUCCGUCGACCGAGGCGAGGCCGCCGCCGCGGCGCUGCGCACGUCGUUCCCGCGGGCGCGCAUCGACGUGUGGCAUCUCGAGAUGGAGUCGUACACGUCGGUGCAGGCGUUUGCCGCGCGCGUGGCGGCCGAGCUGCCGCGGGUCGACGUGGUCCUCCUCAACGCCGGCAUCGUCAGCGACGCGUUCCAGCGGUCGGCCGAGACGGGCCACGAGCGCGUCGUCCAGGUCAACUACCUGUCGACGUUUUUGCUGGCCAUCCUGCUGCUGCCGACGCUCACGGCCAAGGCCCGCACGAGUGGCACCGGCACCCCCGCGCGCCUGACGAUUGUCAACUCGGGCGUGGCCCUGGGCUCCCAGCACCCGUGGGACGCGACCCGCCCGCUGCUGGCGUCCUUUGACGACACGGCCCGCCAGCCCUGGAACGGCGUCGAGCGCUACUGGUCGUCCAAGCUGCUGGGCCAGCUGCUGUUCAUCAAGCUGUUUCCGCUGGUCCGCACCGACGACGUCGUCUUCAACCUCGUCGACCCGGGCCUCGUCCGCGGCACGCUGCUGAACCGCGACACCGCGCAGCGCGGCAAGGCCGUGGCGCUGGCCCUCUGGCUGGUCAAGGCCGUGACGGGCCGCAGCCUCAAGGCCGGCGGGUCGACGUACGUGGACGCGGCCGUGGUCAAGGGCCAGGAGACGCACGGCUGCUUCAUCAUGGACUGGCAAGUGCGGCCGUUUGCCGACUUUGCAUACACGGCCAAGGGCAAGGAGAACAUGGAGGUGCUGUGGCAGGAGACGCUGGCCGAGUUCAAGUUUGCCGGCGUCGAAGACAUUCUGGCGUCGCUGCAGAAGUGA